GCUUGACUAUAAAUAGUCGGCAAGGUAUUGCAUAGUAACAGACUGUAAGAAUCUGUGUAGUCCGCGUCUCUACUAGCGCGGCUCGCACGCGUUAAUGCUCGUGAGUGAAAACGGGGUUAUUGUGUUUUGUCCCGACAAUAGAACUUCUCCGCACAGAUUAAAGUUGGGCAAGUUGUUUCCAGGCUACCAGCGAUAAGUACGUCUCAGUUUUAUUUUGAAAAAAAAAAACUGCGAUUCUUCCAAGCUACAAUAGAUUCGCCGACCUACCAAUCUAUUGUUAUACAAUACCUAUAGAUCAUGAGUGCUGAAUCGCAGGAGCUGUGCACCGUAUGUGGAAUACCAGCAGAGCACAAGUGUAGUGCUUGCAGGAGCGUCUUUUACUGCAGCAGAGAGCACCAAAAGUCUGAUUGGAAAAUUCACGCAAAGAAGUGUAUUCCGUAUAAGAUCGCGACUAAUGAAAUUCUCGGACGACACUACGUGGCCAUAAGAAACAUCAGUGUUGGCGAGGUGGUCUUCCAGGAGAAUAAGGCCCUCGUCGAAGGACCUCCACUGGAAACGGGGCCAGUGUGCUUAGGAUGCUACGCAGUACUUUGCCCGAAAUCUGCAGUACCAUGCGCCAAGUGUGGCUGGCCGUUAUGCGGACUGUGCAGAAAUCACGGGCCAGAAUGCGAAUUCACGGUCAAGUAUAAAGACGACAAGGUAUCAAUUACGGAUUUUGUUUUUCCGCACCCCACCUAUCGCUGUAUUACAACGAUAAGAGCCUUGCACUUGCGCGAAACAGAUCCGGAUCUAUAUGAGAAAUUUUUAAAUCUUGAAGACCACGCCGAGGAACAGGAGCGUACCUCUUUCUUCACACCUCGUUUCGUUGCGCAAUUCAUUAAGAGGUUCUUCAAAAUUGACGUUACGGAACAAGAAAUUGCAAAAGUCGUCGGCAUUCUGCAGGUGAAUGGUCAUGAAGUGCCCUUAACCGAGCCUGCUUAUAUCGCGGUUUACGAUGUUUCAUCUAUUGUUGAGCACAGCUGCAGAGCAAAUUGCUCCAAGAGCUUUACCAAUAACGGUGGUAUCGUUGCUCGAGCUGCAAUACCCAUAAAGAAAGGCGAUCAUAUAACGAUAUGCUACACCGAUCCUCUUUGGGGCGUUGAGAAUCGGAGACAUCAUUUGGCACAGACAAAAUUUUUCCAGUGCAUGUGCGAACGAUGCCUUGAUCCUACAGAAUUUGAAACUAUGUACAAUGCUAUCAAAUGCUGGAAUACUGAUUGCAAUGGACAUGCCCUGCCGAAAACCUUCAUCAAAUCUGAAAGUGAAAGACCAGAUUACACAUGCAACACAUGUUCGAGUACUAAGAGUUUUGGCGCGGUCGAAGGAAUGAUGGAGCAGAUCGGAAUACAUUUGUCAAAGAUGAAGAAAAACGACACAGAACAAUGUAGAAAAUUUAUUCAAGAAUAUGGCAAAAUUCUCCACGAAAAUCACUAUUAUCUUACGGACGUUAAAUUGGCUUUGGCUCAAUUAAUUGGACAGGAAAAUCCUGGUUUACCUGGAAUUAGUGACGAGUUAUUGCAAGAAAAAAUAUCGUUGUGCAAGCACGUCAGUCAGCUUUUAAAAAAGCUUGUUCCCGCGGAGAACAGAGUCCUUGGAUUGGUUCUCUUUGAACUACACGCUGCAAUUGCUGAGUGUGGGCGUAGACUGGACCCUGGAGAGCUACGAGAGGCUCUACUGGAAUCAAAGCGAAUAUUAGCUGAAUCGUACGAAUUACUGAGGUAUGAACCAGAGGCACUUCCAGAGGGAAAAAUUGCAUUACAAGCUCGUAAGAAUCUUCAGGAUAUAGAAACAAUUCUGAAAGUUAUGCAUCAAAACAUCAGUAUGCCGCCAAUGUGAAAAUGAUAUUUUGCAAUUGUUAAGUGAAUUUUUAAUCUUCCUAUUUGAUUGUCUUGUAACAUGAUUGUUUGUACCUGUUAAAAAACUCAUGUAAAAAUACAAUUACUUGAGAAUUUAUUUUUCACCCUGUGAGAAACCUGGCUCUUCCAUUCUUCUCAAAAUCAGUUGUAGUCAUAGAUCGGCGAGCAUCAGGAUGUUAAUCGGGAUAGACGGCGAUAUAUUCGUCCAUUAAUUGUGAUAAAUCUUGAAGAUAGGGCUUCAAUUCAAUACAUGUACGUUUUACUUUAUUCGUGUGCAAUAUUACAUAGUACUAUAUUAUAAUUAUAGUAAACUAAAUUAUAUAUUCAGUGAAGGCACAUGUCGUCCCGUACUUGCGGGCUACAAUCGUUUUUAAUUAAAGUUUUCAAUGCCAUGUCCGAUUAUUAUUCUGCACGUAGAAAAGCAAUGUUUUCAUACGAAUCACAUAUUCACGUGUCGCAACAACAUUGUUUGAGGAGUUGGUCAGUUAUAAAACAACAAUCUUAGAUUUUCUUUUGCAAUUCGCCAGGCCACAAAAUCGAUCGCGAUAAAUCCUCACUUUUUUUAAUAUCAAUUAAUUCCUUGUUGUAAUUAAAAUAUGUGUUGAGUUCAUUACAAACAUCCAAAACAACACAGGAUAUAUCACCUUUAUACACAUGGAAGAUUGUCAUCUUAUUACGUACACACAUUACACAUCCAGUCACUAUUCCCACCGGAAUCAAUCGAAGAGACAGCAUAUUAUCUGGCGAAGAAUGCA